ACAGGCAGCUAGUUUUCUGGUAAAGGGAAGAAUUUUGAGAAUUUGUAGCUUCUAUAUUUUCUAGGGCUAAAUUUUUUGCCUGAGCUUCGAAUUCGAAAUGGACGACAUGGCUGCGUACUACUCAGCCCACUUAUCAGUAUUACCAGCACCCUUGCCUCCCCCGCCGGGAGCGGCUCACCCGCCGGUGCACCACCUCCACACGCAGUACGUGCCUCACCCGCAGACGCCUCCGCCAAUGUUCGCCUCAUACGGCCCUCCGAUUCCUCCUCAAUCCCCCGGCAACGAGGUUCGCACUCUCUUCGUGGCUGGUCUCCCCGAAGACGUGAAGCCCCGCGAAAUCUACAAUCUCUUCCGCGAGUUCCCUGGAUACGAAUCCUCUCACCUUCGAAACCCUACCAAUUCCUCUCAGCCAUUUGCUUUUGCUGUGUUCGCCAAUCAGCAGUCAGCAAUCAUGGCAAUGCAUGCUCUCAAUGGGAUGGUAUUUGAUCUUGAAAAGGAGUCAACUCUUUAUAUUGAUCUUGCAAAAUCCAACUCCAGAGCUAAGCGCACAAGGAUAGAUGAUGAGAGAGCUGGCUCAGAUAAGAAAGCUAGAGGAUCAUGGGCGACUUCAGAUUCUGCAGGUGUUGGCAGCAUUCACAUGCCUGGAAUGGGUAAUUCUGCUUUCAACACGAACACGAUUGGUUAUCCAUCUGCACAAAGUCGCGGAAAUGCUGACGGUAACACUCUGAAUGAUGGUGUAUUUGCAAAUCUGAAAAAGUGUUCAACUCCUUACAUUCCACAAAAUUCGACCCCAUGUGCAACAUUAUUUGUGGCUAAUUUAGGGCCAUCUUGUAAUGAACAAGAGCUCAUGCAGGUGUUUUCUAGAUACCCUGGAUUUUUGAAACUGAAGAUGCAGAGCACAUAUGGGUUUAGUUUCCAAUCCCUGUUUGGUCAUGUGCAGGAUGUUAAUAGCUCAAGUGAGGCUCUACACAAUCUACAAGGCACCAUUCUUCAUUCCUCAGCAGCUGGCGAGGGAAUGCGAUUAGAAUAUGCAAAAUCUCGGAUGGGUAUGCGGAAGAAGCGGAAGUAAGUUUGAUAAUUAAAAUGUGAAAAAGGCAAAAGGCAAUGUGAUGGAAGAAUCGCUGGUGAGAAACCCUUGUGUCUGGUUUGCGUUAUCAAUUCAACUCCGCGGACAUUUUCGGGCACAAGAGCAUGGAAGCAAGCUGAAAUGCUAACCAUUGAAAGUUAGGGCAGUGUUAGUUUCCGACCUAUUAUCUCUUCUUUUUUGGCGGCUUCUUUGUUUUUUUUUUGGUUUUGUGGGCCCGGGGGUGUGGGGUUUAGGGUUUAGGGUGGGGACUGAAGCUGUGUUAUAAUGUUAUGAUGCUUUGUGAUAUUUGUAGUUCAAUAUAAUUUUGGUCAUUGGACAUAUAAUGGCAACAUUCGACAUUUUAUUAAUAUUGCAUUUGCGUUA